CUUAUAUAUUCCGCCCAUGUAAGAGAUGAGUAAUGACCAACGCGUAAAAAUUAACAAAAUGAAAUUGAUCACUUUCCAAUUCCAACAAAACCAACGGGAAAGAAAAUUAAUUAAUGGAAUUGUUGCUUCCAAAACAAAAGUUACCCGUUGUAAUUCCUAUUUUUUUUGCCGUUGCUCUUUAUUUGUUUCCCAAUUAAUAUUGUUAGCAACGGUAAUUAGUAGGGGUGGGCAUCCGGGCGGGUCACCCGCGGAUUUGGACCGACCCAUCCGCAUUUAACCCGAUUCACGCUUUUGUGGGUGGGUCUGUGGGUGGAUGGCGGGUCCAGUUGGGGGCUAUCCGACGGGUGGAGGGUGAGUCAUGGGUGGGUCUGCGGGUCACCCGCACAACCCGAUUGCAAGCAUUAUAGGAGCCGCUGGGAGAUGGGGAACCCUAACAAACACGCAGCCAAGCCAAACUCCGAUUUCAUCUCUGAAACUCCUCUUCCCUUCCUUUCUUUUCUCCAACGUUGCUAUCCCAAAUCUAAUAACCUACCUUUUAUCCCUUGGAUUCCUUCCCUUUGUUCCCAAAUCAUUCACUGAUAAUCAUCUCCAGCGCAGAAAUCUCUUCUAGAAAAGGAUUAAAAUCCAAUUUCAGAACUAUUUCCCCACUCAUUCGUCCUAUUCAAGCCUUUGAUUUCCAUACGAUAAUCCUUCCUACCAAUAAUUAUCAUGUCAAUUGAAGUCAAUUUCAACUUUUACGAGUCUAGUACAUCUCAAAGAGAUCAUACAUAUCCUGAUUACGCCUCCUUAUUGAAGCUAUUUAAAGGUAACGUUUAAGUGCAUUCCAUACAGAGCUUCCACUUCUCUUGUUCUUCUAAAAUUUUGCGAGUCCUAAUUCUAGCAUCGGCAUUCUAGUUUUCGCAGCAUCUGCUCCUGUCCUGAUCUGCUUCUGAAUCGAUGGUGGAUGUACAACAAGAGGUUGGUGGUUCUCAAGCUGCCCCCGCUGGAGUAUCUGUACCACAAGUUGCUGACACUGAAAUUCAGGCAAGUGGAGCGGGCACCCCAGCUUCCCAACCUCCUGUUCAAGCAUCUCAACCUCCUGAAGUGGACAAUGCUGCGAAAACAGGAUUGAAAGAGGUGGAUGAUGCUAUUAUCAAGAUUAGAAAUGCUGUAAGAUAUGUGAGGAGUUCUCCUUCUAGAAUGCAAAGUUUUUUGAAGUGUGUAGAAGAGGAGAAGAUCAAGUGCAAAAGUCGUGUUUGUUUGGAUGUUGAAACUAGGUGGAACUCGACUUAUCAUAUGUUGGUAGUGGCUGAAAAGUAUGAAAAGGCAUUUGAUAAGUUAGAGUGUGAAGACAUUCGUUACUCUUCCUAUUUUGGUGGUGCUGAAGAAGAGGUAGCAGAGCAAGCUGAUGUCAUUAGCAAACAAAAUGAGAUGUUUGGUAGCACAAGAGGAAGAGGACGAAAGAGGCAGAAAUUGAUUGGUCCUCCUAGCUGUGAAGAUUGGAAAAAUGCCAGGUGCUUGGUUGAAUUUUUGUGGCUGUUUUAUAAUGCCACCUUAAAGUUUUCUGGAACUCAACAUGUCACCUCCAACUACUUUUUUCAUGAGCUUGUGGCUGUUCAACAAGGGAUUCUGGACAUGACAAAGAGUAGCGAUCACAUGUUAAGUGGAAUGGCAUUUAGGAUGCUAGGAAAAUUUUCCAAGUAUUGGGUGCAAGUUGACAAUCUGAAUCCUUUAUUACAUAUCGCUGUUGUUCUUGACCCUCGAUAUAAAUUGAGAUAUGUAGAGCAUUGCAUGGAGAUUAUUUAUGAUGCUGUAGUUGCUGCUAACUUUGCAAAGGAUUUGGAGAGCAAGUUCUUGGAGUUGUAUGCCUUUUAUUUGAAGGAAAACAAGGAAUCUCUUCCUGCAACAGAUGCUGGAUCGUCUUCAACGUCUUUUAAUCCCCAAGAUUUUUCAAAAGUUGAUCCGGCAAAAGCAUUGAGGAUGAAAUUUGCCAAGUCAACUACAUCUUCUGUCACUUCUGGAGGCAAAUCAGAAGCUCAACGGUAUCUGGCUGAUGUUGGGGAGCCUGAAUCAGAAGACUUUGACAUUCUUAUGUGGUGGAAGGUCCACUCAACUAAGUAUCCAAUCAUUGCAAAAAUGGCUCGAGAUGUGCUUGCUGUUCCUAUAUCAACGGUUGCAUCGGAGUCAACUUUUAGCACAAGUGGUCGAGUUUUGGAUCCUUAUCGAAGUUCACUAUCUCCUAAGACUGUUGAAGCUUUGAUAUGCUGCCAAGAUUGGUUAAGAUCAUCACCAAAACCCAUUGAACCAGAGAAUGAUGACCAUGAAUCUGUCGAAGUUGCUGCUGCAUUUGGAGAAACUAAUUUGGGAAAAUGAUCUUCUCAUCUGUGUGAUAUCAUAUCACAAUGUAAGAGUAAUUGAAAAUCUCAGUUAAUCAGAACAUUUAUAGCAUUAUAUCUUGGAAUCUGAAAGUGUUUAUUAUUCAUGGUUACAGGGGGAGGCGCUGGGUUUGGUGGCUUGAUGAUGACAGAUAGUAAUUUAGAACAAGAUGAUGUUUUUCUUUUUUGGUUUAGUUCGUUUGUUGAAUUGAUUUUGGAUGGUGGACGAUUUGUUUUUUAGAUGGAGGACAAUUAGUUGUUUUGAAUCUUGCUACUGCUUCUGGUUUUUGGGUUUGAUGUGACUGGAAUCUUGGUUUUUACUACUGCUGGUUUUUUAAUUCUUUUUAGACUAUAUAGUGUCUUGUCUUUGCCUCUUUGGAAUGUUCAUAAAUCUUGCAGAAGCUCUUGCUUGAGCGCUUUGGAAUGUCCAAGACUUCUAGAAAGAUGGCCACGGAAGCAACAACGACUCUACAGACCGCGACCCAUAUAUGAAUUCAAAGUAACUAGUGAGGAAGUUCUGCAAAAGGACGAUUUCAGGGUGAGCAACCACUAAUCUUUGUUACUCCUUUUUCAGUGACCCUAUGCUUCUGUUAAUAUAUGCAGAUUGUGAAAAGGGAAUGGAACUAAAUGUUAAAGUCAUUUUGAAGUACUUUUUGUUGGCUUCCUAUAUUCAUAUGCAUUCUUGGCUUUGCCAUCUAUUUACUUAAUCUCACUGUCUAUUGCAGAAUUUUAGGUUCCUUGCCAACUUUAUAACAGAGGCUGGAAUCAGGUUCAAGAGGAGUAAGGUAAUGCUUGAGCCGAAUUCUGAUUUUGUUAAGAUUAUAUGAUUGCUUUGACAUGAUAAAUUUACAAGGUAUAAGUCGUACAUAUAUGUCUUUCUCUUCGAGUAAAUCUGUGCAUUUGUGGAGUUCUUAAUCUGAUGACACUUGUGGGUCUGAAUUGACUUUUGACAGAUGAACAAAAAGGACAAAAAAUGCAGCAACUCAGAAGUGCAGGUGAUGAGUCAGCUGUUUUACUGUACACAGGCCAAAGCAUGAGGCUCAGAUGUGGAAUCCCAUGCCAAAGCAGAACUUGAUGGGAACCAGGACUCGGCAAAUGAUGAGUCAUUUUGAUGUGAAAUCUAUUCACAAUUUCAACUUUAUAACAGAGGCCUGGAUGGGCACUAGGACUCGUCAAAAGUGCAGCAGAAGAACUUUAAAUUGUGAAUGAAUGUAUACAGGGGGUUGGGGUGAAUGGAUGUAGACAGGGGAGGGGGGUGGAGGUUGAAUGGAGUUUAAAUUGAUUUGUAUUUCACACUUUUGACAUUAUGCAGAGUUCUGGAAUAUCAAUUGAAUAUGUCAAGUUGACUCCUAUAUAUUAUGUUGAUAGUGAUGUGGGUGAACCCGCAAACCCAUCCGAAUCCUCCACCAUCCGCCCGAUCCAACCCGAGGGUAAAUGUGGGUGGGUGGCAAUGUAGUUAAACUAUAGUUUUUUAUGUAUAAGCGAAAUGAUGGGUACAAACUUAAGCGUAAAAGCGGAGCGUAAGAACGUAAGUUUAUAUGAACCAUUGAAAUUGUAAAAAAGCAACUUAAAAGAC